CGGCUUGAUACUGUUCUAUUGAGCAGCCGCCAUCGUUCCUUUCCGCGCACGUCGAGGGAGCAGCUUCUUUGCGCAGAUUCAGAACCUUUCCCCAGUAAUUCUCUUCCAUCACUACAACCAGGUAUACUUGAUGCAUUGCCGUUUUGAAUUGGGUAGUUUUACAGUAGUUAUGGAGCACACGGGCACGAGUUUGGACCAAACUGGCUCAAGAGGUAGGAUCCCUUCACCAUCAGGGUUUAUCGCCCAGCCUUUCACAUACGAUGGCAAUGUCUCACUCCAUGUCGCAGUCAAUGACACAAAGUCUUUCAGACGAGGAGCCUUCUUCACCGGAAUCUACUUACGAUGGAACAGACCUCCUUUCCUCCACUGUCCAUGAUGAAGUCACUGCCCAGCUCGCUGCAGCAGGACCAGUAGGAGUCGCCGCUGCUGCUGCUAUUGCGACUGGAAAAAAACGAAAACGUCCUCACUCUUUCGAGACAAACCCUUCGAUUCGCAAACGACAACAGACGCGACUGCUACGAAAGCUUCGUGCUACCAUUGAUGAAUACACCACUCGUGUUGGUCAACAAGCUGUUGUAUUAUGUGUAUGUCCAGGCAAGCCAAACCCCCUUUACAAGGUUUUUGGAGCUAUUCCUUUAGAAAAUGUUAUCAGAAAUUUAAAGCAGUCGAUUCUUCAGGAUUUGGAGAAUGCUCUAGCUGAACACGCUCCACCACAGAUUUCUGAAAACUCUGAAGUGUACACCCUACCCCCAUUAGUAAUAGAUGGUAUCCCUACACCAGUUGACAAGAUGACACAAGCUCAGCUGAGAGCAUUCAUUCCCAUGAUGCUCCGUUAUUCAACUGGUCGAGGUAAGCCUGGCUGGGGAAAAGAAUCCACUCGUCCACUCUGGUGGCCAGUUGAUUUACCAUGGCAAAAUGUACGUAGCGACUGCCGCUCUGAGGAACAAAAGGCCAAAGUAUCUUGGACAAAUGCCCUUCGACAGAUUGUGAAGAAUUGCUACAAAUACCAUUGCAGAGAAGAUCUUUUGCCUGCAUUCACUGAAAAUGAUAAUUCACAGCCACAACAGUAUGCCACUCAUGGUCAACAGAUGGUUCAUACAAUAUCCAAUGCUGAUGGUACAGUAUCAUUGAUUCAGGUAGAUGCCUCAGGAGCAGUCAGUACCAUAUCUGAUGGACACAACACUCAAUCAGAAGCCAAUCAGGCUGUUGCAACGCUAGCGGAAGUGGCAGCUGCCACUCAAUCUGAAGUCUGUCUCACAAACCAACACCACCAUCACAUGGAUCAUAGUGACAUGUCUCAUUCAGAAGCUGUUGCCCAAGCAGCUGUUGCAACAUUAGCAGAAGCAACCCUUUCUGAAGGAGGACAAAUAGUCCUUCCUGAACAUGCUGCCGCAGCACUAGCAGGUGUACAAGAUGGGAUGGUGACAAUCCCUGUCCAAGCUGCAGUUUCACUCAUGCAAUUUCAAGGCCAAAUGCUGAGCAGUGGUCAACCUCACUACGUUACUACUAGUUCUGUACCUCAAGUUGCUAUGGCACCCCAUACCAUCAUUACUGUAACUUCAUCUAACCAUUCAGAUUCACACAACAAUAUGGUUGACAGUGUAGAAGGCGUUCCUGUAGCUACUCAAGCAGUAGAAGUGGUCACUCUUGAAAAUGCCCAUGAACAUAUGAACUGAUUAUCUUGAACUCACAAUUCAUAGAUAAAGGGUUUUAACUUCACCAGGAAAAGAAGAGGUCAUAGGACUUCUUGUUCUUCCAGAAGUUCUUAUUGUGUAUACACUAUGUAAGUAAUAACAUUGUACUAGAUAACAGGCAGUGAUAGUAGACUACUUCAUGGCUUUUUUUAAGUGGAAGGGGUUUUCAAGUCGUACCCUUUAGACCAAUUAUCAACAUCCCCUAAUAUGCCCACCUUUUCUUUUAUGCAUGUGAAACAACAGUUUGGUUUCAUAAAGGGUUUACACCUGUUAAAAUACUUUUUUGACAUGCAUAAAUAAUAAUACCCAUUAGUAACCAGGAAAUGAAAUUUUUUAACAUUUAAUAAUUUCCAUAAGUCACCAAUUCAUUUUGGAGAUAUAUUUUGAGAAGAAAAGUAAAGCUGGCAUUUUAAAUGAAUAUGUUUCCAUUUGUUGAAUUCUAAAUCAGUCCAAAACAUCACAACAGGGCAGUAGCCACCAGUACGGAUGGUCCAGUUUUAACCACACCACUUUUUACCUUUCAGAACCAUUUUCCCCCUCAUAAAGAAUAUUUAUUACAAAAAAAAUGGAAAAGCAGGACCACCUUUUUCAAAAACCGGACCACUGUCCAAGUGGUGGCUACAGCCUUGCACAACCCACUAAAUGUUAUAAAUGAAAUGUGAACCAACUUUAAUCAGCUGUGCCAAGAACCAAUGGCCUAAGAUCCCAGACAACUAAUUUGUAAAAAUGUAGGAUAUUAAAGUUAUUUAUUUUUAGACAAAAUAUUUAUCCUGUGCAAAAAUAUUGAAAUAGCUGAAGUCGACUUAAAAAAUAAGCAUUUUGAAAAUAUCUUUUUGACCCAAAAUUUAAGCAAAAAAUACAGCUUAACCCCACUAAUAUAUCAUAUGGACACCCAGGCAAUAAUUUAAAAGUUUUCAAUGCUAUUCAGGAUUACUUGUACUCUUUAUAUUCCAUAAUAUGUCUUAAUGGUCACCAGUCCGUUAAGAAGGAACUUUUGAUUGAAAAUUACAGUUAUUCAACUCAAUUUGUAGAGGAUAAAUAUAUUUGAUUCUCAUUUAUUUGGCCAUCAUUGAUUCAAAGGUUUAAGAAAACAAUUGUAUGUACUAGUUAAGGACUUAAUUCAAUACUCUCUAAAAGACUAGUUUCUAGAAUGUGCAGGCUUAUCCUCACUAUUGAAAAUGAAAAACAAAAGGAGAAAUAUCAGAACAAAACAAGAGUCUUGUACCCCAUUCACACCAAGGCUUAAACAUGUUUAAAAGUGGUUUAACUAAACAGAUUUGGAAAACUAUCUACGAACACUGCACAAUAUUUGGUGAAAUAAUGCAUGUAAACUAUCCUUUGUCUUGCUGUGACAAUAUUUUAGAAAGUUUCAUUAUGUCGUAGGUUUCCAGUUUCUAAAUAUUUUUCCUAAUGAAAACAUAGUUUAACUAAACACGUUUAGGUGUGAAUGGGGUAUUGGAUUCAAGGCUAAGCCCGCACAUUUUACAAAUCAUAGUAUUUUUGAGAGUAGUGAAUAGUCUGUUGCAUAACGAAAAAACUGAAAUUAAUGUGAUAAAACUGAAAUAUUUUGGUAGACAGUUUCAACAUUGAUCAGGUAUGUACCAUACCUUUGACAGGAACACUGCAAAGUAAUUUUCAAAUAACUCAUCAAAGAUGGGGUGCAAUUUGAAGCAGUGCUUUUUUGACUGUCAUUAAUGCACAUUGUACUUUAAACAGUGAAAGAUUUUAUGCUAAUUAAUGAAUGAUAGAACCGUGAGUAGCCCAAGAUAGGUAUUGGCAGAAGAGAAUAUAGCCAUCAUGGAUAUCUUAUCAUGGAGAUUCUGAUUAGAGUGAGAAAGUUUUACUCUGUGAGUAGUCUAAUCUUAGUCAUGUUGGACUGUUGAGAUGCAGAAUCCCUUGCUUAUGAUUGACAAGAUACACGUUUCUAUUUCAAAAUUGCAGUGUUUUCACCAUUCAGUUGCAUCUCCUAGACUUUGGCAAUAUUUUUAGAUUGAUCUCAAAAACUAGAAACAAGAAAGAAGAAUUGUAUUGUGGAAUAACUGAUUUUUGGUUGACUCAACACAAUAAAAACUUGAACCUGA